UGCUCGUAGUAUUUAUAUGACGUAAUUUCCUGUAGUUCUUCCUUUUCAGCGAGCAAAAGGGGAGAAACGACACCGCAGAAAUGAGUAAGGUUUCAAGGGACACGCUGUAUGAAGCUGUGAAGGAGGUCCUGCAAGGCUCUGUUGCCAAGCCAAGGAAGUUUGUGGAGACCGUGGAGCUGCAGAUCAGCCUGAAAAACUAUGAUCCCCAGAAGGACAAACGUUUCUCCGGCACUGUCAGGCUGAAGACUCUCCCCAGGCCAAAGUUCUCAGUGUGCAUCCUGGGAGACCAGCAGCACUGUGAUGAGGCCAAAGCCGCAGACCUGCCACACAUGGACAUUGAAGCUCUUAAGAAGCUCAACAAGAACAAGAAGCUUGUUAAGAAACUUGCUAAGAAGUAUGAUGCCUUCCUGGCUUCAGAGUCUCUCAUCAAGCAGAUUCCACGUAUCCUGGGACCAGGGCUCAACAAGGCUGGCAAGUUCCCCUCUCUGCUCACCCACAAUGAGAACCUGAUCACCAAGGUGGAUGAGGUCAAAUCCACCAUCAAAUUCCAGAUGAAGAAGGUGCUCUGUCUGGCUGUGGCUGUUGGACAUGUGAAAAUGACAGAGGAUGAGCUGGUCUACAACAUCCACCUGGCUAUUAACUUCCUGGUGUCGCUGCUGAAAAAGAACUGGCAGAACGUGCGUGCCCUCUACAUCAAGAGCACCAUGGGCAAACCCCAGCGCCUCUAUUAAAUUGCAGCUUUUCUAAUAAAAUACAGGAGUUG